GUUAUUUCUACCAUUACCCAUUUCUUUUCUUUUAAAAGCCUCCAAUUUUCCCUCUUUUUCAUUGCACCAUGAGAAACUUUCAUCCCUUCUCUACUUUUUUGCUUUUCGUCUUCCUGUUUCAUCCUCUUCUUCUUGUUCUUGUUGAUUCAUAUGAUGGGCCUUUAUACGAUUACACAGCUCAUACUGAGUGUAAAUUACGUCCAGAGAAGCCACUCUACAAUGGAGGAAUCCUCAAAAAUCAAGCUUUGAGUGUUCAAGCCAUUGGGGACACUUCAAAUGCUAUCUAUUCACCUGCAUUUCUCUUGCACAAUCUCACUGCCAAAACCUAUUAUUCCUUUUCAAGUUGGGUGAAAUUAGGAGGAGCAGUUUCAAGUGUUGUAAGAGCAAGCCUCAGGAUCGAGAAUGAAACUUACAAUUGCAUUGGCACUGUUUUGGCAAAGCAUGGUUGUUGGUCUUUUCUCAAAGGUGGAUUCUUCAUGAACUUGCCUUCAAAUUUCUCUAUUCUAUUCUUUCAGAUUUUUGAUGAGGGAGAUGCCAAUAUAUCAAUCGAUAAUGCUUCUUUACAGCCAUUUACAGAAGAAGAGUGGAGAGUAAAUCAACAACUCACAAUCAAUACAGUGAGGAAACGAGCUGUUACAGUUCAUGUUUCUGAUAAACAAGGAGGGAGGUUGGAAGGAGCAUUGAUCAAUGUCAAGCAAAUCUCUAAAGACUUCCCAUUUGGAUCUGCAAUUGCAAAAACCAUUAUAGGGAACUUACCUUAUCAGGAUUGGUUUGUGAAGAGAUUCAAUGCAGCAGUUUUUGAAAAUGAACUAAAAUGGUAUGCCACAGAGCCAAAACAAGGGGUUCUGAACUACACAACAGCUGAUAGAAUGUUGGAAUUUGUCCGGGCGAAUCAAAUAACCGCUAGAGGCCACAACAUCUUCUGGGAGGAUCCGAAGUACACGCCCCCGUGGGUCCAAAACCUAACUGGGGAGGAGCUGAAAUCGGCGGUGGAUUCACGGAUAAAGGGGCUGUUAAGUAGAUACAAAGAUGAGUUUGUACAUUGGGAUGUGAGCAAUGAAAUGCUGCAUUUUGAUUUCUAUGAGAAGAGCCUUGGUGCUAAUGCAACAUUGCAUUUCUACAAAACAGCACAUGAGAUUGAUCCAUUGGCUACAUUGUUUAUGAAUGAAUUCAAUGUGGUGGAGACUUGCAGUGAUGUGAAAUCAACUGUUGACAAUUACAUUAAUAGGCUUAAAGAACUUAAAAGAAAUGGGGUUUCAAUGGAUGGGAUUGGAUUGGAAGGUCAUUUCACUAUUCCUAACCCACCUCUUAUGAGAGCCAUCUUAGACAAAUUGGCUACUCUCAACCUUCCAAUUUGGCUCACAGAAGUUGAUAUCAGCCAUACUUUGGGUCAAGAAACUCAGGCUUCUUAUUUGGAAGUUGUGCUGAGGGAAGGUUUCUCACACCCUGCUGUAGGUGGGAUUAUGUUGUGGUCGGCGCUGGGUCCGAACGGUUGCUACCAAAUGUGCUUGACCGACGCCAACUUUCGGAACCUCCCGACUGGCGAUGUGGUCGACAAGCUCUUGAAAGAAUGGAAAACCGAAGAUAUUGAAGCUCGGACCGACAACCAUGGUUCCUUUAGCUUUUAUGGCUUUUUGGGUGAAUAUGAGGUAAGCGUUAAGUAUGAAAACAGAAGUGCUACUUCAACUUUCCCUGUCUCAGUUGGUGAUGAAACUAAACACUUCAGCAUUCAGUUGUAGAAAAACUGUUGCAAUUUGAGGUUGAAUAGUAAAGGAUUACUCUUUCUACAGAAAAUAAACUGUUUCACUUGAGUGUUCAAAA